GGUUGAGAAGAUUGACAAUGACGCCAAAAGCAGCUACGAAAAGUUCCAGACCAUCACCAAGAAGUGGCUGCCAACCCAGGAGAAGCAGAUCCCUGAGGAGCUGUGGGCCCUUCUGAAUUCUCAGCAACAACAAUGUGCCCAGCUAAUCGAGGACAAGAACAAGCUGAUCGGGGAGCUGCAGCAGGAACUGAAGAGGAAGGACGACCAGUAUGUGAAGGACCUAAAGAAGCAGGCCGAGGACAUUGACUUGCUGAUUGAGAGGAUGGAGGACCAGGUGAAGAGCCUCAUGAAGACCUAUCGGGAAGAACUGCUGCACACCGAGAAAGCGUUUGAACAAGAGCGAAGAGAGUUGUUAGACGUCAGUAAGAAGAAGUGGGAGCAGACCAUGCAGGGUCGCUGGGACAAAGAGCUGGAGAGUCUGUUGAACAGAAUGAAGAAGGUGGAGGAAUACGAGAAGCAGCUGAACCAGCUCCGGGUGCAGGAUGGCGAGGAGUACACCAUGAUCAAGAUCAAACUGGAGACCGACGUGCAGAUUCUCCAGCAGCAGCUGCAGCAUAUAAAAGCCACCUUCCAGCUGAAUCAAGAAAAAUUGGAGUACAACUACCAAGUGCUAAAGAAGAGGGACGAGGAGAACACCAUCACCAAAUCCCAGCAGAAGAGGAGGAUCACACGGUUGCAUGAUGUUUUGAACAAUCUGAGGAUUAAACUGGACAAACAGAUCAAGCAAUACAAAGAGGAGAACCAAUCGCUGACCGAUGACUUCAAGAGGAAUGUGGAGCAAUACAAGGAGGUGCAGAAGAAGAUGAGACAUUUUGCCGCAGUGGACGCGAAGAAGUUCCAUGACAUCUGGGUAAUGAAUGAGGAGGAGAUAAAACAGUUGGUGCUCCGAGCACUGGAGGCCGAUCGAAUCAUCCAGGAACAGCAGCUCGGCCUGCCAUGGAUUGCUCCGGAUCUCCAGUUUAUGGAAAAUGUCGGACCUCUGGUACCUCAGCCCAAGGAGCAGAAGUCUGCCACCAGGCUGGCUCAGGAGGUCAUGGCUGCUACAGCUGCCGAUGGACAGAGAGAUCCAGUGAAAUCAGACGAUGAGGAGAACCCCAUCGCUGCCUCUCAGCCGUUCUCCCCCCGGACAGUAAAACACAUCCUGGAACUGCUGUGUGAUGAAUCUGGCUUCCUGAUAGAGCGUAAACUGCUGCAGCUCCUGUCUCCUCUGGAGAGAGACGACCGCUCCCUCAUGAAGAUGGACUCCAUAUUCCGGGCCCUCCGGAUAGAGGUGGAAGAUGAUGUGUACAAACUGGUCGACUUUUUCUUAAAGUACAAACAACACGACGAGUCUCCCCAGGAAGAGGCCGGUGUCCCCAAACCUCCUGCAUCAUCCCCCGGGGAUCUCAUUCACCCCAAUGAUGUCCUCCGAGCCCUCAAAGCCUUCACCAUGGAGUUCCACCAACCCAGAGAAAAGCUCUCCCAGGUGAGACAAGCCGGGAUAGAAGACAGAGACAGCAGUGAGGAUGCUGCGUACUGGGAGACGUCUGCACACGUCAUCCCUGAAUCCCGACUCAAAGUGUGGGAUGCCCUGGAGUCGGCCAUAGAGAAAUACUAUGACGUCCUGACGGGUCGAGCUCAGCUCAUCACCGAAACCUCCGCGCUGAGACAGCAGAACGGAGAGCUGAGGAUGUUGUUACAUCAAUACCUGAACUCCAAGAUCAACUCAGAGCUGGAGAUCCCUCCGUCGCAGAUGAUGAAGGGAGAUUUCACCCAGAGCUGAUACAUCGGGAGGUAGA